CUGGCCAUGUCGUAUCCUCAGGGUUACUUGUACCAGCCGUCAGCGUCCUUGGCUCUCUAUUCCUGCCCGGCGUACAGCACCAGCGUGAUCUCCGGACCCAGGACCGAUGAACUUGGGAGAUCUUCUUCGGGCUCUGCUUUUUCCCCUUAUGCCGGAUCUACCGCCUUUACCGCCCCUUCCCCGGGUUACAACUCCCACCUCCAGUACGGCACCGACCCGGCCGCCGCCGCCGCCGCCGCCUUCACUUCCUACGUGGGCUCGCCCUACGACCACACGCCGGGCAUGGCCGGUUCCCUGGGGUACCACCCGUACGCGGCGCCGCUCGGCUCCUACCCCUACGGGGACCCUGCGUACCGCAAGAACGCGACGCGGGACGCCACGGCCACCCUCAAGGCCUGGCUCAACGAGCACCGGAAAAACCCCUACCCCACCAAGGGCGAGAAGAUCAUGCUGGCCAUCAUCACCAAAAUGACCCUCACCCAGGUCUCCACCUGGUUCGCCAACGCGCGGCGGCGGCUCAAGAAGGAGAACAAGAUGACCUGGACCCCACGAAACCGCAGCGAGGACGAGGAGGAAGAGGAGAACAUCGACCUGGAGAAAAACGACGAGGACGAGCCCCAGAAACUAGAGGAGAAAGGGGACCCCGGGACGCCGGACACAGGAGCGGCGGAUCCCAAGGCAGCGCCGGGCUGCGAGCGCCUCCAGGAGUCCCCCGGCCCCAGGGAGGCCGAGAGCGGCCUCAGCGACUCGGAUUGCAAAGAGCUAGCGGAGGAGCGGCUCGACGGGCCGCCCGUCCCCCACAAGGCGCCCGGCGCUUCCCCGAUGGGACCGUGCCCGGCGGGCCGGGGGCCGCCGCCGGCGGGCGGCGAGGAGCCCCCGCCGUACCGCCCGCCCUCCACCGCCGCCGGGCCGCCGCACGCCGCCGACCUGCACCCGCUGCUGCCCGCCGCCACCGGCGCCUCCGUCAUCCACUCGCCGCAGCAGGCGGCCCUCGCCAAACCCAAGCUCUGGUCGCUGGCCGAGAUCGCCACCUCGGCGGACAAGGCUAAGGAAGCCGGAGGCGAGGCGGCACCCCCCGGCCCCGCCGUGCUGGGAGGCAGCGGCCCGUCCCGCUCGCCGCCGCGGCCGCGCUCGCCGGGCGCGCAGUGCCCCUUCCCCAACGGGGCGGUCCUGCCCCGGCCGCUCUACUACACGGCGCCCUUUUACCCCGGCUACACGAACUACGGCUCCUUCGGGGCCCUGCACGGGCACCCCGCCGGCGGCCCCGCCGCUGCCGCCCCCGGCGCCCACUUCAAUGGAUUAAAUCAGACUGUCCUCAGCAGAGCCGAGAGCUUGGCUAAAGACACUAAAAUGAUCAGGAGCCAGUCCCAAGUAGACCUUUGCAAAGACUCACCUUACGAACUGAAGAAAGGUAUGUCCAACAUUUAA